AUGUACUACGCAGAUGAGAUGAUGGGAUCGAGCCCAGACUUGGCGGCCGGCCAUAACAUUGACUUCGCGAUGCACAAAUAUCUUUUACUGCAGAAUCAGCAUGAAGAGCUCCGGCAGCACAUGCACGACCUCUGCCCAGCGUAUACCACAUCCUCAACCGCUGUCACAUCCCCUUCGGUGUCGCCAACUCGUUCGUCCAGUGGCAGCCCGUCCUUUACGCUUUCUCCUUCCUCGCCAUCGCGAAAUCACCGAAGAUCAUCGCUCCCGUCGCUAAAACACUCGGGGUUCCGAGGCUCGCAGACUCAGCUGGAGCCGGUGCUAGACGAAUCAUUGAUUGAGGAGAUGGCAGCCGGCGAGCAGAAGCUCUUUGAUGUGAAUGAGGGAAUUAAGAGAACGUUGACCGAAUUACUCAACUGCGAGAUAAUUCGAAAAGACCAAGCAAUGCGAACCUGGGUGCAGUCACGAUUGAUGGAUACAGAAAGAGAGUUGCGCAGCGGACGGAGACGUCGCAGCCAUGGUGGGUUUGACUAG